AUGGCGUUCGAUCCAGGUGUGACACCGCCCAACCUCACCUGGCGUGAGGAAGUUCCAACUUCCAUCCCGUCCUUGACCGAGCUGACCGAAAUCGGCAUAGUCCGGAGUUCGGCAUCUUUCGGCUUCUCCACCCUCAAAGCCCGCUGGCUUUCGAGUCCCUCAAUUCGGCACCAGUUCUGA